GCCUCUCUGCCCUGUUUGUAUAAAUAACAUUUUUGGAGCAGCUGAUAAACUUCAGGAAGGCUUGACUGCAAUGUACUCUACUGAUAUGAAUCUGUCUAAUGGCCUCAUUGGGAUUUUCCCAUCUCCAACACUACAGUCUAAUUCCAGCUCUUUCCUCCUCUGGUACCCUAACUCAAGUGCAAAUCCACUCCAGCUGCCCACUUUCUCCACUGCAGCCAAGGUUAGGGUCAUCAUGACUUUUGUCCUAUUCACUGUAUCCACCUUCUGUAAUUUGGCUGUUCUGUGGACAGCGAGCACUAGCAGCAAGAGGAAAUCACAUGUAAGAAUACUGAUCAUCAACCUGACCAUUGCUGACCUCCUGGUCACCUUCAUUGUCAUGCCAGUGGAUGCCAUCUGGAAUAUCACUUUGCAAUGGUGGGCUGGGGAUGUGGCCUGUCGUGUUCUUAUGUUCCUCAAGCUUUUGGCUAUGUACUCUGGAGCCUUUGUUACUGUGGUGAUUAGCCUGGAUCGACAAUCCGCCAUAUUGAAUCCUCUGGCCAUUAACGAAGCAAAGAAAAAGAACAAGAUCAUGCUGUCUGUGGCAUGGGCCAUGAGCAUCUUCUUCUCUGUUCCACAGAUGUUCCUCUUCCACAAUGUCACCAUUACUUUUCCUCAAAACUUCACUCAGUGCACCACCCAGGGGAGCUUUGACGAGCACUGGCAGGAGACGCUAUACAACAUGUUCACUUUUGUGUGUCUCUUCCUGUUACCGUUGAUUAUCAUGAUAUCCUGCUAUACACGAAUUCUCAUUGAAAUCACCGAGCGGAUGUCCAAACGCAAUUUGUCGUCAAAGGAAGUCCAUCUACGCCGGUCUAACAACAACAUCCCUAAAGCACGCCUGAGGACUCUGAAGAUGAGUAUUGUCAUUGUCACCUCUUUCAUUAUCUGCUGGACUCCUUACUACCUCCUGGGCCUCUGGUACUGGUUUUCCCCAGAGGGACUUGAAGAGACUGUCUCCAAUUCCUUGACUCACAUCCUUUUUAUUUUCGGGCUUCUAAACACUUGCUUGGACCCCAUUAUUUAUGGACUCUUCAGCAUUCACUUCCGCAAGGGGCUAAAACGCUACUGCCAUAACGUGAACAGGAGGGCCGAAUCAGAAAAUAACUCCACAGUGACAGGCUCCUUCCACUGCUCAGCUUCCUCUUUCCACAUGAAGCGACUGGCCAUCUGCCCACGAGAGGUGCAAGGGAGCCCGACAGCCAAGAGUGAGGUGGUGAGAAAUGGCAAUGGCUAUCUCCUUCAAGGUGGAAGAAAAAGCAUCUGAGACAGGAAAAUGAACAUUAAAAUUUUAUUAGAGAGUGAAGCCACUUAAGGAUACUCUUACCAAGCUGCUAAUUUGAUGGCCACCUUCGAAGAAACUGGAAUCUUGUUGUUCAAGAAAACCUAAAGAUGCCAUCAAGCCAUGUAAAAUACAUUUAACCUGAGCAGGGUCAAGACAAGACAUUCACACGUUGUCUUUGUAGCUAUUUAUAGUAGAAAAUAUCGCUUUUG